AAGUUCAUGGCCAGCUUCCCCAGGUGCGUUUUCGCCGCGAUCCACUGCCAGCGAUGUGGUCCAGCUCCCCACGCACUCGUGGCCGAGGUCGGUGUGCAACAAUACGGUCAGAAGGGUGGCAUGACUGUACCUUGCUGUUACUUUGCUCGCUGGCUAGAAAUUUUUUUUAAAUACCGCAGCGGAUCCACGUAUGAGGCUGGUGGGAAAAAAAGAAAUUUCGGGGCUACAGGUUUUGGUUCUGGAGCUUCUUCUGGCUUGAUAUAACUGCUGAUACGGUCUCUUAAAAACAGUGUCCUACCGAAUCCUCCCCGCCCGUUUCACCUCACACCACCAUCAGGACUGGCUGAAAAGCAGCCGAACACAGCAUUCUUUCGUAUCUCCACAAUUUCAGAUACGCACCAUGUCUUCCACGUCAAGUCUUAAGAGCCUGAGCAUAGACAACGUCAAUCCACGCAUCAAGGAGGCAAAGUAUGCCGUCAGAGGCUUGUUGGCAAUCAAGUCGGAGGAGUACAGAGCGCAGCUGAAGAGGGGUGAGGGCAAGAAUCUGCCCUUCGAUACUGUCAUUAGCGCCAACAUUGGCAACCCUCAACAGCUGGACCAAAAGCCGAUCACAUUCUUCAGACAGGUCGCCAGCUUGGUGGAGAACCCACAGUUGUUGGAGCAUGAAGAUGUACUCACCAAUUCUUUGGGAUACAAGAGCGAUGCAAUCAAUAGAGCCCGGUGGCUUCUUUCUGAGGUUCACAGUGUAGGGGCUUAUUCACAGUCCAUGGGAGCGCCAGGAAUACGCCAGUCCGUGGCCAAUUUCAUCGAGAGACGAGACGGCUUCCCAGCCGACCCGAGUCUGAUCUACCUUUCUGCAGGUGCAUCCGCUGGUGUGAAUGCUAUUCUAUCUCUGAUAUGCGCGACGCCAAAGACGGGCGUCCUUGUUCCAAUCCCGCAAUAUCCCCUGUACACCGCGACGCUCGCCGUCCUCGGCUCGACGUGUGUCCCAUACUACCUUGAUGAGGAGAAAGCGUGGGGGACGAACAUGGAAUCCAUCAAGACUUCGUACCUGAAUGCAAAGCAGGUCGGCAUUGACACACGCGCCAUCGCCAUCAUAAACCCGGGCAACCCAACAGGUUCGAGUCUAAAGCCAGAGGAGGUGAAAGAGGUCAUCAAGUUCGCGGCCGAGGAGAAGCUAGUCGUUAUUGCAGAUGAAGUGUACCAGACAAACGUCUUCAUUGGUGAAUUCUACUCGUUUAAGAAGGGUCUGAGGGAGCUUCAAAAGGAAGAGCCUGGCAAGUAUGACAACGUUGAACUUGUCAGCAUGCAUUCCGUGUCCAAGGGCAUGGUCGGUGAGUGCGGACAUCGUGGCGGCUACUACGAGCUUGUGGGGUUUGACCCCAAGGUUAUCGACGAGCUGUACAAAUUCGUCUCCAUUCAGUUGUGCCCUCCAGUGAUUGGCCAGUGCAUCGUGGAAUGCAUGGUUAACCCUCCGGUCGAGGGGGAUCCUAGCUACGAGCUGUACAAGAAAGAAUACGACGGCGUGUACAACGGUCUGCGCGAACGUGCCAAUGCUCUGUACAAGGCGUUCGAAGAGAUGGAGGGUGUGCAUUGCCAACCACCAUCGGGUUCUAUGUAUCUCUUCCCAACCAUUACUUUGCCACAGAAGGCGAUAGAGGCUGCAAAGGAAGCCGGCUACGCGCCAGAUGAGUUCUACUGCCUCAAACUCCUCGAUGCCACUGGCGUCUGUGUGGUUCCGGGCUCGGGCUUUGGUCAGAAGGAGGGCACCCUCCAUUUCCGGACGACGUUCUUGGCACCAGGUACGGAGUGGACUGGCAGGAUCGUCAAGUUUCACAAGGAAUUCAUGGAUCAGUAUCGUUAAAAGAACGGGCGUCCCGGUUGGGACACAUGUUUACUCCACCAUUGCGGGGAUAGCGACGGUUCGAGAUGAGUUCACUGCCCCAUUUGUACAUAGUAGACCGAUGCAAACGGCCCAGCGAGGGCACAUCAUUGGAUAGAUUUACAACAAUCGGACAAACUCACGACUCAUCCAUCUCAAUAUUACACAGUCUGGCAUUCACGGGAAGCGAGCGUCAGAGCCGGUGCUUUGCCUUCCUUCGCCUCGCAUCCGCAUGGUGUCUUAUAAGGCUCCUUCGUCUCCCGCCUAUUCUCAGACAUCGAGAAAUUAUCACGUGCUUCCAUCAGAGGUUUUCCUUUUAGCAUAGCUCUUGCAGCGUCGCCAUCUCCUCUUCACAUAAAUUGCAAACAUGCUAGCCUC